ACAACUUGUCACAUAUCUACACACAUUGCAUCCUCAGUCCAGAAACACCAAUUCUCUUCUUUCAAAAGCAAUCACAACAACAUGGCUGACCGUUUUCCGUCCCUCGAGGACUUCGAUUCGGGAGCCCAGACAGACAUCCAGAACACCUCGGGCGACCCUUCUGCCGACGACUUCCUUGCGCGAGAGAAGGCCAUCCUUGGUGACGAUGCGGACAAGUUCGCGACUGCAGAGGACAGCGCUGCAUUCGAGACAGGCGAUGAUGACCUGCUGGGCGGUGGACAGACAACAGAGUUCGAGACGGCCUUUCCUGACAUCUCGGGCCCCAACGAGACAUCUGGCGGCGCCAUCACAAGCAGUGGCCCUUCCGUGAACUACAACUCUGGAUACUCAGCCUACGUGGAGGAAGAGCAGGAACCUGAGGUGAUCAAGGAAUGGAGGGCGAAGCGUGACGAGGGCAAUGCCAAGCGGGCAGAGCAGUUCGCGCGACAGCGGGAGGAGACUGUUGCUGAGGCACAGCGCAACAUCGACGAUUUCUAUGAGAACUAUAACAACAAAAAAGAGAAGUCGAUCGCGGCCACCCGCAAGGAUGCUGAGGCAUUCCUGGCUUCGCGCGAGGACACCACCUCGGGCGGCACCUCUUGGGAGCGCAUCGCCAAAAUUGUGGACGUCAGCGGCAAGGGCGCCAAGGGUGGUGCUGCAGGCUCGGGCAAGGAGCGCUUCCGUGAGCUGCUGAUGAGCCUCCGCAAGGACGAGAAGGCGCCUGGUGCGACAGGCUACUAGUCGUUGUCUACGUCGCUGUCUUCCCCCUCGCCCAUGUCUCAGCACUCGUUGGGGUAUCUGAACUCGUCUAGUCAGAGCAUCAUUGGUCAUGCCUUGCGUGUCCAGGAGGAUUCUUUUGGCAGCCUCAUCUGAUGGCAUCUGUUUUUUUAACACGGCGGAGAGGCCCUCUACGCAUCUUCGCACACAUCCAAAAAGUCAUAUCACACCGUUCUCUACAAAAGGCGGGGAUUUGAACCACCUUGUACUUUAGACAACCAUAUUUCAUGGUACAAACAAAAUAGCCAUUUGGCAGACAAGAGCGAUACAGUUGAAC